AUGAGCUCAAACAACAAUGAUUUUGCGACUCAGUCGGACAAUUCUGGGUCGGUCCAAUCAGUCAUCGAGUCGUUCUGCGAUCUCGAACAGAUUGGUGCAGCAGACAGAGACGCCAGCGAGCACCAACAUCUGAUCACUGAAACGCUGAAUGGAUCACUGUCUCUGGCAAACGACCAGCGAAGAUUUGACACGUGCUUUGAAAGCCUUUCAGAGGAGGUAUGUGGAGGGGUGCCUUUUCUCCGAGUUGGCGUUGAUGAUUUGCCAUGCAGCACACUCAUCAGUACCGUCAGCAGUCAAAGCUCGGUCGCUCAAUCAGAAAUACCAGCUAAGCAAAUGAGAGCGGGCUUGGGCGAAAGCUCCGAAAGGUUGCCUGCUAAGGACGAAUGGGAAAUGCAGAUAAGCGGAUGUCAGCGGCUGAGUCAGAGCUCAGGCAGUACCGCAUCGUCAGAACUACUCACCAUUGUUGAAAGUUGCCCAGAGCAGCAUAACAACUCAUCGUUCACAUCACUCGAACGCUACUUGGAAGAAUCACAAUUCUUGGAUCUCAGCGGUCACAACACCUCGGAGACACUGGAGUCUACGGGCGAGGACUUGUCGACUACGGAUCUAUCGAAUUAUCUAGAAUCUGGUCCUUCUACACCCGAGCUGCUUGAAGAACAAGAGAUUGGCGGCGAACACAAGUGUAUAUUUGAAGCACACAGCACUAGAACGUUCAGUGCCUUGCAGAACAUGCCGGAAUCCACGUCGUUGAGGAUGGCGACACACUCAACUCCUGUCACACCACAUCGGUCGCGCAGAUCGUCAAUACUAAGCUUCGGAAGCAUACGGAGGAGCAAUUCUUCGAAUUCGACAGACAACGACGACUUGCGUAACUCAGAGCUCAACACAUUCAGCCUCCACUCGGGAUCGUUCACGCCACCCACAGAUGCCAGGCCAUGUGAGCGGCGGAGCUCUCUUCUACGGCGGCUUACACGGACAUCCGCAAAGUCUGCCAACGACAAACUGGGGACGAAAGUACCUAGUGGAUGCAGGCCACAGGACCGAGACUUUGAGGUCAAGCGGAGGAAGACUCUGGACGACUACUUGGUUGCAGAUGAUCAGGACGACGAGGACAUGCUCUUAUUUUAA